ACGUCUGUGGAGGGCAGUGCUGCCAAGGCUGGAGUAAGGCCCCUGGCUCCCAGAGGUGCACCAAACCCAGCUGUGUGCCACCGUGCCAGAAUGGAGGGAUGUGUCUCCGGCCUCAACUCUGUGUGUGCAAACCAGGGACCAAGGGCAAAGCCUGUGAGAUGACAGCCGCCCAGGACACCUCAUCGCCAGUGUUUGCAGGGCAGGGUCCCGGGGCUGCGGCGAAGCACACUUCAUCGAAGAAGGCAGACACCCUUCCAAGGGUCAGCCCCGUGGCCCAGAUGACCUUGACCCUCAAGCCCAAGCCGUCCGUCGGACUCGCCCAGCAGAUACAUUCUCAAGUGACACCCCUGUCCUCCCAGAAUGUGGUGAUUCAUCACGGCCAGACCCAGGAAUACGUGCUCAAGCCUAAGUACUUUGCAGCCCAGAAGGUGAUCUCGGGAGAGCAGUCCACUGAAGGUUCGUUCCCUUUAAGAUACGGGCCGGAUCAAGUAGCUGCACCUUUUCAGUUUAUCUUUGUGAACUUGAAGGCCUACCGUGUGGAGGAGGCAUUAGACUGAGUCCUGGGCCGCUGAAGUAGGACU